UCGUGCGAACACGUUUUGCGGCAUAGCAACAGGCUCCGGCGAAGAUGUCUGGCCACGGGCAUAGCCACGGGCAGUGCCAGUGCGAGGGGCAGCACGAUCCUGCCGAGAGAGGGAUGGAGUAUGGUCUCUUCAAGAAGAUCGAUCUCGAGAGGUUGGAGUGUCUGAACGAGUCCAGUGAGGGCUCCGGCAAACUGGUGUUCAAGCCCUGGGAGGAGAGGCAGGACCGCACGAAGUACGUGGAAAGCGAUGAUGAUGAAGAACUGUUGUUUAAUAUACCUUUCACAGGCAACGUAAAACUUAAAGGAGUAAUUGUGAUGGGUGAAGAUGACGAUACACAUCCGUCAGAAAUGAGACUUUAUAAGAACAUCCCACAUAUGUCGUUUGAUGACACAGGUAGAGAACCUGAUCAAGUAUUCAAGAUGAACAGAGAUGUCACAGGAGAGCUGGAAUAUACCACAAAAGUGGCUCGUUUCUCCAGUGUUAAUCACCUUUCCAUUCACAUUGCCAAGAAUUUUGGUGCUGAGAUUUCAAAGAUUUAUUAUAUCGGUUUGCGAGGGGAGUGGUCAGAGAGCUACAGACAUGAAGUGACACUUUGCACAUAUGAAGCUUCUGCUAAUCCUACGGAUCACAAAAUUGACCUCAUCACUCCCCAGACGCACUUCAUCGCUUAAAACUUGGCUUCUGAAGCUUGAGCGUGCAGUGAAGAAAGAACGACCAGGACGAAAGUAUUUCUGGGAUAUCAGUGGAAUGGAUUGCUGUACAGGCACAAUGUGAUUACAGAUGUUGUAAACCAUCAGAGGUGUGGUAAGCAGAAGAUUCAAAAAGAAAAUAACAUUGGCUGUUUAAAUAGGAGCUUGCAGUUGCUGCUUUUGAUUUGUAAAUUUGCAAACAAGUACAAGUAGCUGGCAUAUUGACUUUCACAGUCAAAAAAUAGAUUAUUUUCUAUUAAGAUACAAUGCCUAAUUUUGGAGUCUUUGUCCUACCUGUUCUUCCUUUUUCUCCUGCGCUGCAAAAUCCUGCAAGCCCCCAAUAAAAUCCACUUAUUACAAGUGGAUUUUUGACUCUAGAUGUAAUUAUUUGGGCCAUAAGAGCAGUUCAAAGCUAUAUUUUUCUUUGUAAAUUAUAAAUAUAAGAAAAAUUGUCUUAAUAAUUAUACACUUUGGAGAAAGUUCAUCAUGGUGUCAAAUCAAUUUUAUCAAGUCUGUGUAUUGGGGGCAAACCUUUUUAUUUGUCCAUUAGAUGUGUAAUGCUUUUUGGGUGCCAAAGUGGCUUAACUGAUGUCAGAGGUAUUGAGUUUUGAUUAAAGAGUGACUAUUGUAACUCUUGCAUCACUAACACACAAAAAUAUACUGAUAGUGAAUGAAAUGAUUCAGCAACCUCUGUAUUUCAUAUAACUUGUUAUCAGGUCUUCUUCACUUUUUUUUGCUGUUUUUUUCAUAUGCCUUAAUUGAUUAGAGUGGAUAGCCUUUUGUCCAAGAAAAUAUUCUUGUCCUUUAAGUAUCAGGUGAAUGAAUGGUUACUGUACAGCUGAUGUUAAUAUAGACAUGAUAUGAAUUGGUUCAUGGUUUUUCCUGGUAACGUAUAUGAAUUAGAACUUUUCCUUUAUACUUCUGUAUUUUGGAAAUUUCAAGACAAUACAACCAUGGUUUUGUGGAAGAACUAAAAUGUGAUUUGUGUUAAUUGAAUGUGUGAUCUGUCACUUUUGAAGCCAACAGUCCUUACACUGCAAAUUGUUUGGGUAAUGUUGGCCACUGACAAUUUUUUUUUAAUGAAAUGCUUCUGAUUAAAAUAGCUGCACUACAGUUGCUUCAAACAACUGGAUUUGUUAACUAAAAUAUGCAAUGUUGCGAUGAAGCAGAAUGUAAAGCAAGGAAGUAAAAAAGGAAAUAAAUCCUCCUGUCUGUUGA